CGGAGUCCCAGCCCCGCCGAAGGGAGCCCGGCCGGUAGGCGCGGGAGGGCACGGCAGGCAAGCAGGCAGGCAGGCAAGCAAGCAGGCAGGCAGGCAGGCGGCGACGGAACGGGGUCGGCCGCUCCGCUGCCAGUCCCAUCAUCCUACCUCUGUGGAUGGCCUGGACCCCUGAGUAGCUGGAGGCUCUUUGGAUGACCACACUUUAUGCAAAAUCCGGAAUCUUCCUGCCUGGACUCCUCUCUCUUUUCUAAGGGUUCAUGUUGGGGAGAGGCCUAAAACGCAAACUGAGUGACUAUGAGGAGAACAUGGCUGGUCUCUCUAGUGCCUUCGAUUCCAGUCGAAAUCUGCCAUACCCAGUUAAGAGGCAGCUGGUGCUUAACAUGUGCCUCACCAAGCUACAGACUUACAAAAUGCUGGUGGAACCGAACUUGCACCGCUCUGUCCUCAUAGCCAACACAGUGCGGCAAAUUCAAGAGGAAAUGAGACAAGAGAGUAAUCAGCAGGCAAUUACCGUCUGCACUGGCAUUACUCCUAGUUCUCCCAGCUACACAGGGAUGGAGUCAUCUGGGAUUUCCCUACAGCUGCCUUCAGGUAUUAGUCAGCAAGAGUCUAACUGUUGUGACUUGAGGUCUGUGGAGGACCCAAUUGAAAAUAGCCUGCUGAUAGUUUCAGAUGAUGAUAUGUCGUCUGCUAUUUCGUCUAUUCUGAAGGAUUUAGACUUUGUAGAAGAUAUAAGCCCACCUACUUGUCUGGUUCCUGCUGGAGAUGACCAGCCAAAGUUUCCAGAAAAUCCCGGUCUAAAGCUAGAAGAUGAUAGACAGGAUUUGAAAGGAGCCGAAUGCGUGUUUGGUUCCUUUGAGAUUUCCAAUUCAACCAGCUACUUGAAGGAUCUGGCAAUAGAUGACAUUUUUGAAGAUAUCGAUACUUCAAUGUACGAUUCAGACUUCUGUUGCCCCCCGCUGAUGCCGCCCAGACCACCACCUCUUGCUACAGAAGAACCGUUGAAGACCUUUCCAACUUGUAAUUCUUCCUCAGCAAACAACAUUCAAAUAUGUAGAACAGAUCUGAGUGAGUUGGACCACAUCAUGGAAAUUCUGGUUGGGUCCUGAUAUUUGUUUUACCCAAAGAUACUUUUUGACUGCCGCUUUCAUUUGGUUUCAGGAUAAAAGCCACUGGAAACGUUGUAAAGAAUUAUUUAAAACACAGCUAAAAAUAACUUGUCUGUAGUGAGGUUUCCUAAAUAAUUCCAAAACUUUUAAACCUGGAAGGUGGUGGUCCUUUUUUCUUUUUUCUUUUUUCUUUUUUUUUUAAGAAAUAUUUAUUUAUCAGAACUGUGCAAUCAUCUUUUUUUCCCUCCAGGGUACAUGUGGAACAUUAGGCACAUACCCUUCUCACCCCUCAUGCCUCUUUCAAUAAACUUUUUUAUGUGCAAUUUUUAAUUUGUCAGAAGAAUUUACAUGCAAAACAAAUUUCAUAUGAGAUGAUCUUUUACAAAGCCUCCACUUUAUUUUUAAUAUCAGAGUCUAUGCCACGUCAGCAUACGUCGAGUUGCGUAGUUGGAUUGAAUGGAUGCAGACACAUUACUAGAGAUGGGUAUAUUUUAAAAAUGAGACAACGCUUUGCUUUCUUCUGGUCGGAAAAGCAGAUCAAGACACUUGUCAACAAAGUCUCUUGCAUUUUCUAAAGCAUUCAGAACUAUUUAUUUUUGUAAAUUUUAUAGUCUUUCUACAUUUUACUACGUUAUUUCAUCAUAGUUCAGAUAUAAUGGACUUCUAGUUGGAUGUGUUUAGCACUACCUCUGAGCUGAAAUGCUUUAACUCUUUCCAGUGCUUCGUCUAAGACUGCAGAUCUUUUUGUUUCUAUUUUUUUUCUGGGGGAAAGUACUUCUAACUCAUCGAGCUGAUCCUCUGCCAGUGACCCAGCUGAUUGGUGAAAUCAAGGGUAUUCGAUGUUUAAAAACUUUUAAGUAUUUACAAAUGUAAUUUAUAUGUAGAUUGUGCAAUUUAACAUUUUUCUGUCAGUAUUAUGUGCUUAGAUUUUGAAUAAUCUUGGCGUUCUUUAAAUUAAAACUUAAUAUGUACAGGUAGCUUUUUAAUCUGUUUUGGGAAACACUGUCCUCCAACCUUGCUUUCACUACGAAGUUUAAGAUGAUUUUUAUGUGCAAUAUUAUUUAAAAGAGAUCCACGUUUGUAUGCCUGGCAUUGUAGAAAGAAACGCUUCAAACUUAAAGCUUCUAGCACCUUUGGAGGAUACUCAAAGAGUCAGCGUUGCUGUAUCCUUUGAGAGACAAAGUUGAGAAUGCUUCUCGCUGCGCCGGUGCAGUUCUGAAUGCUCCUGAAAUGCUCGCGAGGAGGCGGUGCUGUGGGAGCUCAGGGGCUGCCUGUGUGCUUCCAAAGCGUUCUGGUGGUUGCUAAUGAUGAUUAUGCUGCAGAUUGUACUGAAGGAUGGGGGAAGGAGGGGUUUGUGUGCGUGUGGCAGGUGUGUAUACCAGUAUAUAUAAGCGCACUCGCUAACUGAAGAUGAGAUUUGCAGUGAGAGCUAUUUCUCUGUCAAGCAGUUUGGCUACCGUGUUUCAGAUUGAACUGGGUCUGUAUUUGAUCCUUGCUGUUGUCUUCUGAAGUACACACUUGCACACUAGUGGUUGGU